AUGGAGCGACGCAUGCGCCGCGCGGCGAUGACGCAGGUUUUGGAUGCGCUGAACCUGCAACGGAAAGCCGCCCUGCUUUCCCUGCCAUUUGAGGCGUCUCUCUCGACGCGUCCCGGCCAUCAUGCAUCAGCGGCACCGUCGCCAGCGUCGCGGCUACUGGGCAACCCACUGGACACAGAAAAAGAGAUGAUGCCGUUUGUGCGUGACGCCGUGCUGCGAGCCCUUGAACCUUCGCCUCAGACACGUGCGGGCGGGAAACCGGUACCCGAAUGGCCUGAUGUUGGCACCCUUAUGGAGGGCCGCCGUCUCGUAGGCAUCGACCUCGCCUGUACGCGUCUGUCAGGCACGUUUAACCGCUGCGACCUCUCCGGGUCCAACUUUACUGGUGCCUUUGUGGAUCAUGGCACCUUUAACUUGGCACGAAUGCAAGGGUGUAGUCUGGCGGGCGCCCAGUUUCAUUCCUGCACGUUCCUGGCAGCCGACGCGGCAGAUGUGAAUGCUCGUCGCGGGCGUUUCUCUCAGUGUGUUUUCUGCCGCGCUAACUUGACCGAUUGGGACGUGCGUGGGGCGUCGUUUUACCGCUGUGUCUUCACCAUGAGCGACCUGAGCCGUUGGGUGUAUGACGGCCAGACAACGGUAAUGGAGCCGGUGGAUUGGGGCCGUUGCCGGCGGCUCGACUGGAAUACCCCCGUGCAGGAUUGUGGGGAUUGCCGCGUGGUGGGCAAAGCCGGCAGGGACCUCUCGCUGCGUCCCCGUGAACCACCAGCCUCGCACCGCUGA